CCCUUCUCCAUUCCUAUUGGCCCAUACUGGAGCCUGUCAUAAGAACGGGGCUGUGAUUGGCCCUCAGCGGACUUCACCGGCACACAGUCCCAAACAGACCCAUCGUCGCUGACUCGUAGACAGGAAUUCACACAAGUGCGCAUUUCCAUCAUUCCCCACAUCACAGGCCGGGUUAUCAACAUGGGAAACCCCAAAGUUUUCUUUGACAUCACCAUUGAUGGAGCUAACGCUGGCAGGAUUAUAAUGGAGCUCCGUGCUGAUGUGGUCCCAAAAACUGCAGAAAACUUCCGUGCACUGUGCACCGGGGAGAAGGGUUUUGGCUACAAGGGCUCCACCUUCCACCGUCUCAUCCCCAAAUUCAUGUGCCAGGGCGGGGACUUCACCAACCACGAUGGAACCGGAGGGAAGUCCAUCUACGGGGAGAAGUUUGCUGAUGAGAACUUCCAGCUGAAGCACACGGGCCCGGGCAUCCUGUCCAUGGCCAACGCCGGACCCAACACCAACGGGUCCCAGUUCUUCCUCUGCACGGAGAAAACCGAAUGGCUCAACGGCAAGCACGUGGUCUUUGGCUCCGUUGUGGAGGGCAUGGAUGUCGUCAAGGCGAUGGAGAAGCAAGGCACGAAGAGCGGCACCCCUAAAGCCAAGGUGGUCAUCGCCGACUGUGGGGAACUGGACUAGGAGCCGCGACACAGCUCCUAGUCCAGAUGUGAGCCGGUUAAUCUCUGAGAUGGUUGUGUAUAUCAGCUGAAUCCGUAGAGAAACACCCGGCCCCCCCUUUCUCCUCUGGAAGUCUUCGUCUCCUGUGUUUGGUAUUCCUUGUGUAAGAUUUUGUACCUCCUAAUUUGCUCCUCGAGGACCACAUUUGUUAACAAAAUCUGAUUAAAAGGAUCUCGAUGUUGUAAAUAAAACAACUUGAAAGCUUA